AUGAACUCUAUUAAAGUGCUUGUCUUGAAAAAACAUCCUGGAGGAAUUCAUUUAUGGAAUAAAUUAUCGAAACUCUCCCAAAAAUAUGGUGGAUAUAAAAUAAAUGUUUCUAUACUACGAGAAGAUGGAUUUGGAUAUGAAGAUAUAAGAAAGGCAUCUCCUGAUGUUUUAUUUCUUUCAGACUCAGCAGGGAGUCCAACUGUUAUAACAGACAGAGAAAUGGAAGCAAUUCAAUUAUAUGUGACACAAAACACAGGAAAAUCAAUAAUCGCUAGCUACGCAACAUUCUUUUAUGAGGAAACGUAUCACCAAGCUGUCUUAAGGUAUGACAAUAGAAAGUUACUUCCAUUAUUUGGAAUAAAACAAGAUACACAAUUUUUUUCAAUAAAAAAUCGUUCUAUAAAACUAAAAAGUUGCAAUAAAAAUGGUGAACUUUUAUUAAAUGGAAUCGAUAGAAAAAUUCAAGGAUACUUAUCAACCCAAGCAGUAGUCGGUGGUUGGGAACAAUCUCUAUUGGAUGGGACAAUAAUUGCACAAGACCUUAAAUCAUCUGCUGUGAUUAUUCAGCGAACAACACCUUGUUACUCUGCAAUGUAUGUCAAUUCAAUGCCAGAAUACAGUGACACAGAUGUGUGUUGUGAUAGUGAGCUUGUAUAUCGAAUGAUUACUUAUUGCUACAAACUCUCCCACUCAACACUACAGACACUUUGCUGCCAAUCAAUUAACUCAACAAAUAAACUUAAGUUAUUAUUAAAAUCAGCUAACUUUGAAAAAACACCACCUAUUCCAAAACACUUAUUUCUUUCAACUUGUUUACACAAAUUUAAAUUUUCUCAACAACGAUUAAAGUACUUCAAUGAUAUAGGUAUUUCUUCUGAGUUAACUAACCUUGCUUCAUUUAAAACAAAAAAAUAUGCUCAAACUUGUUCUUGGAGGGAGCCUUGA